GAUGUGGCGAUUGACAACAAGUGGUUGGGCCACAAUAAGAUUGUCGGCUUCAAAGAAACACCCGGUUAUGACCUUGUCGGAGACAUCGAAAUGGCCUUCAAGCCUCUACUUCACUCAUAUUCCGGAUGCGUUCCAUACCCUGCAGUUGAUGCCAAUGGGAAUGCUGGUGCAGGUUUGAGACCUACAGGCAAGGCCGGCGGCGAUUGUCGUGAUUUCGAGCAAAGCGGUCAAGUUUAUGCACGUGUCGGAAAGUCUCAUGGACGAUGGGGCAUCAUAUAUAGCUGGUAUUUGCCCAAAGUUAUGGGCAACGAACAACAGCACAAACACCACUGGAUCACUGCCGUCGUGUGGCUCCGUGUCGACGGAUGCUCAGAUCAACUGUGGAACUUCAAGUCUCUCAGUGUUGCAUACUCUAAGAACCCUCAAAACACAUUUGAUGUCACACGCAAGGAUAUCGAUACCAUCUUCGUUAAGCUAAACGACGGCGGUUCAGCAACCAAUCCUAUUGUAGCCUACGAUAGCGGCGUGCCACUUGUGCCAUCCAAGGACGGUGCCGAGUCGGCAUUGAAUGCCCCCCUUAUCGACUGGUAUCAACUCCCUCAG